AUGGAGGAGCUUAAUCAACCUCCCUCGCAAAAUGCUUCAAAAAGUACCGCAACAGCUGACCUGGAAUCAAAUUCAAGAAAUAAAAACAAUGUAGUUAAUGCUCAAAAUCCGUGGAAAUUAUUAACUUCGAUUAAUAAACAACAAGGACUUACUUUUGCUGCAGCAUUUUUAGGAUGGACAUUAGAUGCUUUUGAUUUUUUUACUGUGGUAUUAUCUGUACCUUAUAUUGCAAAAGAAUUUCGAACGGAACCAUCUGUAAUUACUGGAAGUAUAACGAUUACGUUGUGUUUACGUCCAUUGGGAGCAGCAAUAUUUGGUCUGUUAGCAGAUCGUUAUGGUAGAAGAUACCCUUUAAUGGCAGAUAUUAUUCUUUAUAGUGUUAUGGAAUUAGCUUCAGGGUUUGCUCCAAAUUUUUUGGUCUUCUUUAUCUUAAGAGCAAUUUUUGGAAUCGCUAUGGGAGGUGAAUGGGGAUUAGGCACGGCAUUGGCGAUGGAAGUCUUACCACCAGAAACUCGCGGAUUAUUUUCCGGUAUUUUACAACAAGGUUAUGCUGUAGGAUUUCUUUUAGCAUCAAUUUUAUAUUAUGCUGUGAUAGAAAAUAUUGGAUGGAGGGCAAUGUUUUGGAUAGGUUCAUUUCCGGCUCUUUUGGUUGUUUUAAUUCGUUUCUUUGUACCCGAAUCACCCGUUUGGAAAGCUCAUCGUAAUGCUAGAAAAUCAGGUGGCAAAACUUUUCUGUCUAGCACUAAAUUAGCGUUAAAACAUCAUUGGAAAAAGUUCAUAUAUUGUGUUCUAUUAAUGUCUUGUUUUAGUUUUAUGAGUCAUGGUACACAGGAUUUAUAUCCAACUUUCUUAAAAACACAACUUGGAUUUACAACAGCUCAAGUUACAAUUCUUACAGUAGUAGCAAAUAUAGGAGCUAUAAUUGGAGGCUCUAUUUGUGGAUAUUUGUCACAAUUAUUUGGUCGUAGGAAAACUAUUUUCACUUCGGUUGUUUUAGCAGCAUGUUUUAUGCCAUUAUAUAUAUUACCAAAGAAUUUUGGAUUAUUGAUUGUUGGAGCUUUUGCUGAGUACUUUUGUGUUCAGGGGGCAUUGGGAAUCGUUCCAGCGCACUUAAACGAACUUUCACCACCAGAAUUUCGUGGCACGUUCCCAGGAUUAACUUAUCAAUUGGGUACUUUAGUAGCGUCAUCAUCAGCACAAGUUGAAGCAAAAUUAGGAGAAAUAUUUAAAAAAAAUGGAACAUAUAAUUAUGGAUUUGUUAUUGUUAUGUUAUCUCUUAUUGUUAUGACGUUGUUAGCACUGUUAACUAUACUGGGAAAAGAAAAUAAAGAUGCAAAUUUCAUCGAACAAGUUGAAAUCGUCGAACAAAUUACGGUUAAUGAUAAGAGCAAAGAAAAGGAAACUGAACAGGAUGAAAAAGUAGCGGUUACCAUAAAAGAUAUUUAA